AUGCACUUUCCCGUUCUAGCCACCUCGACCUGUGUCUUGCACGAGGGAGAAUGCAUGCCGUCGGUCUGUCGUGCAUGCCACAUAUCACGCGCCUGGCACAAUUGGAUUGACGUCUACUUCUCCGCCUUUGAGCCUCUUUGCGACAUCAGAGGUGCGAUGGCCACGACAGCAAGUGCCAUUCCAAACGUGCCAAUUGACAAGUGGCAUCCCUGUCAAGCAUCGCCCGACUGUCGUGCGCGGUGA